UUCAGUAACCAACAGCGACAAAAAUAUUGAAAAAUUUAAAUGUAAAUUAGUUUAAAUUAAAUUCUGAGUGAAAUAAGCAAUGUCAGGCAAAAAGAAUAGAUCGGACCUAAACAUAAGUGGAUUCUCUCCUAUGGUUUUGAACCUUCUUAGUCCACAAUCAACAAAGAAUUCACCAGCCAAGAAUCAAGCAGUUAUUGAAGCAAUUAACGCUAGUGCUAAUAAACUUAUAGCUGGAUAUCAACGAUGGAAGGUUAAUGAACAAAAAGGACUGAAUAGCUUGAACAUAAUUCAUAGUUUAAGAGAAAAAUCAAAAACAUCCAGUGAGCAACAAUCGUUUACCGAAUUAGAGGUAUGCUGUGAGCAAUUAAAGGCAAUUGAGACUAUUUUAUUGAGCAUAGUAAAUGAAGUAGCUGUAAUCAAGUCACAAAUAGAAACUUCAAUAAGUAUUCAGAGGACUUUGUCGAUAUCCAGCGAAGAUCCUAUACUUCAACAACUCAUAUCGAUUGAAAAGUUCCUCAACAGGCUUAAGCAGCUAUAUGAAAGUGGUUUAUCAAUUAAGAAAGAAGUGAUCGAAAAUAUAGCACAUACUGGGUCGUCUUUAGAAUCUCAUGAACUCAUAGCAUCAUGGCAUUGUCAGUCAAUUGCUAAUGAAAUCAGCAGGCUUAUUAUGCAGUUAAAGACUAGUCCAGCUGAUUGUCGCUGGGAAAUUUAUAGCUUUUAGUUUGUAAUUCGUUCCUUGAUAUCAGGAAUUUGGACAUAAAUAUUAUAUUUGACAUAAAGAGAUGAAUGAUUUUUGGUAUUAAGCUUAGAAAUUAC